GUUCAUCAAAAUCUUCGUUCACAUCGUUGAUAGAGUGCGUUGAACCAGAAAUACCAGAUGCAUCAUUGACCAUAUGUCGUUACCCUACCGAUCACAUUAACUUGGGGGUGCACAUAUCUGGCGUGGAGUUGCAAGCCGUCAAGAUAGCCACUGAGUCGAAACUGCAGCUGUGCGGGGGCUGGAGUGGGCAGGCUAGCUACGCGCUGGAUGGAUGCGUGGACGCUGGCCUGCUCAGACCACCGCCGCAGCCGCACUCCAGUCAACUUGGUACUGUUUAUGCCACAAAAAGAAGAAGAAGGAAUGGAAAAAGCAUCAAGCCUCCAUCAAAAGACGGCGUCACAAAGAGCAACCCUAGCAAGAGACAUAGGGAGCGCCUCAACGCGGAGCUGGACACUCUGGCGUCACUCCUACCCUUCGAGCAGAACAUCCUCAGCAAGCUGGACAGGCUGUCCAUCCUGCGGCUGUCCGUCAGCUACCUGCGGACCAAGAGUUACUUCCAAGUGGUCAUGCACAAAGAAAAAGAGGACAUCCAUGGUCAUAGAAGAGAGCACUCCCCCUAUGACCACGCCAUGCCGGAUGGAGAGAUGUUCUUACAGGCACUCAACGGUUUCCUGAUGAUCUUAACGUGUGAAGGCGAGGUGUUCUUCGCGACGCACAGCAUCGAGAGUUACUUAGGCUUCCAUCAGUCGGACAUAGUCCACCAGUCAGUUUACGAGCUCGUUCACUCUGAAGACCGGGAGGAGUUGCAGCGGCAGAUCUUGUGGAACUCCUUCCUUCCUCCAGAGGUCAGCAACCUCACGCUGCAGGAUGUACUGAGGCCGGACAGGGCACAUCUAUUAGAAAGGAGUUUUACCGUCAGAUUUAGAUGUUUACUUGACAAUACUUCUGGAUUCUUGAGGCUUGACAUUCGAGGUCGAAUCAAAGUGCUUCAUGGGCAAAAUAAGAAAACAGAAGAACCUCCUUUAGCUUUGUUCGCAAUAUGUGCGCCCUUCGGACCUCCCUCACUCCUAGAGAUCCCUCAGAAGGAAGUCAUGUUCAAGAGCAAACACAAACUGGACCUGUCUCUAGUCUCUAUGGAUCAACGGGGUAAAAUGCUGCUAGGUUAUACAGAUGCAGAGCUGGCAAACAUGGGAGGCUACGAUCUAGUACAUUACGACGAUCUAGCUUACGUCGCCAGUGCGCAUCAAGAAUUAUUAAAAACAGGUGCUUCCGGAAUGAUCGCUUACCGCUUCCAAACAAAGGAUGGUCAGUGGCAAUGGCUGCAGACCUCUUCCAGACUAGUCUACAAGAAUUCCAAACCUGACUUCGUUAUUAGUACGCAUCGACCGCUAAUGGAGGAAGAAGGCAGAGAUCUAUUAGGCAAAAGAACAAUGGACUUCAAAGUCAGCUACCUCGAUACCGGUCUCACUAGCCUCUACUUCUCAGAGACCGAACAGUUGUCUGGCUGCGAAACCAACGUUACAACUCCUCCCAGAACUGCAAGGAGAUACAAAACACAACUUCGAGAUUUCCUAUCAACUUGUAGGAAUAAAAGAAGAGUUCCGACAACUCCUGCACCCCCUCCUGUCGACUAUUUAGCAGCAGACGCAGUAGCGGCAGCAUACACUAAUUUAAAUGGCGCAUACACAGCUCCUUACGGAGAAUAUCCUCCAGCCCCAACCUUACAUUACGCUCCGCCGCCUCUAGACGACAGAUUCUUAACAGCAGACAACCUCUUUCAUCAAUACAAACCUUUAUCUUAUCAUUAUACUCCCUAUGCGCCGAAUGGCUUCCUUGAACCUGCGCCUCCGCCUGGUUAUGAAGUGGCCCCCACGUAUCAUCGACCACCUUCAAGAGAGUACACGUAUGUGGACAGCAGUGGAAGAUAUAUGAGUCCUGUCACUGGACAGGAGAGAAGGUCGCCUUCCGUAGUGCCUGGACCGAGUCCUGCAGGGUCGAGUAACUCGGAGCAGGAGAGGAUGCAGCAGCCACAGGCCUCGGAAAUGCCACGGCAAACAGUGCUUAUGUGGGGUGCUGGAGGAGCUGCUCAAGAAGUUCCAGUCGAGUACUCGCCUCCUCAGGUUUGGCGUUACCAUCCAUCACAUUAUCAUACCGCUGAAGCCACUCAAUGAAUUUAAUCUAGUAUUUUUUUGACUUCCACAAAAACGAAAAGUAUAAUUGGAUCUUUAAAAAAUCAUUGUGAAUGAUCGAUGAAAUACUUAGAAAAAAUAUCGCAAUCUUUGUUACCAAGACUUUAUUUUCUUAUACCUCGCUCAGUGGUGAGACCGAGUCGGUCUUUAGGUCUUCUCGACUUAAACAGGGUCCUUCCAGUAUCGAUAUCUGAUACGUCUUGAUGUAUAUUUAUAAUUCGAGAAUUUUAUCCAAAUAUAUUAAAAGAUAGUCGUUUUGUAGAAUAAAUGGUACGAAUCACGCGACGCAAUGUUACACAUGAUAGAUUUAAAUGCUUUGUAAAUAUUUUUUUACAUUUUUAUUAAAUAGCUUGCUUUGAGUGAGGGUUUCUAUAUAUGUUAGCUUCAUAGAUCUUACCGAAGCGAAUGAUACAUAGUUUUGUGAAUGUGAUUGUGGUUUGUGUCUUCAUAUUGUUUUAACAAUACCUUGUUUAUAAGAGGUUACUUUUCAGUCCUAAAAUAGUUAUAUUCUAGUUCAAAAUUAUCAUUAUUAAAAUCUAUAUUACCUUAAACUACAAUUGUGUAGUGAGAAUUAUUAUUUUAUGCCUCGAUUUUUUUUAUUUCUUCCAUUCUAUGUAAAUUGUGAUUAAAACUUGUAUUCCUAUCAUUACAGGCACUUCACAGUACUUUAAGUUACGCAGCAAGUCUCGUAUAAACAAGGUACAUAUUACUAUUUUUAUUACGAUUUCGCUGUUUUUAUCAAAGCGAAUAUUUUUGCAGUACAUAUCAUUAUAUUUAGCACGCAAUGAUCACAUAUCACUUAUCUAAUGAUGCAGUCGAUCCCUUUUAUAUACUUUCUUACUUUUGAGACACUUUAUGGAAUAAUUGUUUCUAUGACCACUUAGUAUCUACUUCACCCUAUUCCCUUUAAAAAGGUAUUGAUGGAAAUUUUGUAUUAUUUAUCUGACAACUGACCAAACUUCAAUGCGAGUACUAAUAUCAAUAUCAUUUGUCUAGUUCAGAAUAGUUAAAUUAAAAUGGAUUUUCUACUAAAAGCAAAUAUUUACAUUAAAACAUAUCAAAAGCACCAAAUUUACUGUACACACAUUUUUGACACCUAAUAUUGGUUGCAAUUCAGUUAUCCUUUUAACACUUACUUCGAUUUUAUUGUCAAUAAAAUAAAUAGACUUAUUAUUGUUUCUACAAUCAUCUAUAACCUUAGUAUUGGUUGAAAAAUUGGAAUUGUGUUCAAUAUUAGUCACUUGGUCUUGCUUAUGCACUAUGAUACUUGUAAGGUCGACUGUCUGCACCGCCGAACCAACGCCACGUAGCAUUUUGUACAUACACUUGCCGUGCCUCUCACCUCUUAUUUUAUUGAAAGCACUGAAAUUUUGGUGACUUCCGAAAUAUAAUUUUAGGUAUUUUAAACCAAGAUGUGACUGAAAAGUUUCAUGAUAGUUAGAACUGAGGUAAAAACCCUAACUUUUUGGUGGUAUAGCAUCUUAAACGUUACCCUUUUUCUUAGUCUAGCUUUAUUAAUCGGCCAUACAGCCUAUCUAAAUAUUUUCUAUUGCUCGUGUGACAAAUAUAUUCUUCUCCAUAUUAUUACUUUCUAUUUAUAUCAUUCGGUGAACCUAAAAGAGUUAUAGAAUGCUUUACCAAUAUAACAUGGAUAAAAUCAAGUUUGUUAGUAUCUUACAAGACUACUGAAUUUCGUCCAUGAUUAUUUCUAUCUGAAUGAAGAUUUGUAUUAUAUUAUAUUACAGUCAUAUUUCUUAAGGCUCCAGAAUUUCAGCCAGUAUUUAUUUAUUUAUGUAUUUAUUCAUUUCAUUGUGCUACAGUGACCAACGUUGGUACGGCUACGGUGACCUAGCGUUCAAAUGACUCUUCCGCCGUCGACAUAGAGUUUAAGAUAGCUUAAAUUUUUGAUAGUUCUUUGUAGAAAACAUUGGACCUUGAGUAAAUUUGAAUAGAACAUAAUUUUAAAAGAUACUAAUCCAAAAUUAUAAUCUUACUUUAAUGUGUUCGACGUUCUAAAUUGAAAAAAUAUUAUUUAAAUAGUACAAUUGGUAUGUAACUUAGUUUGUUUAGGGAUCCAAUGUUAUCCACAAAGUAACAAACAUCAAGAAAAUAUUUCGUCUUCUUAUUGUAAAAUAAAAAUAGAUUUUAUCGAUACGGGUCGUAUGACUAUAGGUUUUGUAAUGUAUCGAGUCUUUAAUCGAUUUAAUCUUCCAUUGUGUGACUUUCAUUUCCAAUAACUUAAUUGUUAAGAAAAAUAAAUUAAAAAUCACAUUUUAUGAUAAAUUAUUAACAUAUCAAUAUUUCGGACCAUAAAAUACUUUUUCCAAUAAGGCCUACGUUCCACGACGCGUCAUCUGACGAAUGCGUGCAACCUACAAAAUAACUAUACGCAGAUUUUUACGGGAAGUGAGUGACGCAACUUUGCCGCUUCGUGAACUGUUGCAAGCAAGCAUUUGUUACUUGUAGGUCGCCUAUUGUCGAUUACAUGCAUUCGUCAAAUGAAGCUUCGUGAACAAUAAAUAAGGCAGGCACUUAUGUCGAUAAAUAAAUAAAUAAUUCACCAUAAAUGUUUUAAAUUGACAACUGAUUUUAUUUAUACGAUACAUUAAUUUAUUAUGUAAAUCGAGUCACAAUAAUUUAAGAAACAUGCAGGUCACAUUAUGAUAUAAUUUAUUAGACAGUCGUAAUAAGUCUGUCAAUAAUUGCUCAUUAAAUAGUUAACAGGACAAUUAAAAAUGUUAGAUAAAUUCGUUGUUUUAACAUGUCUAAUUACCUAUUAAUGUGUUCUUAGUAUUGCUAAAAGGAUACAGUCAUGUUUACCUGUCAUUACUGUACUAUUAAUCAUGGAAAUGAUUUAAUAUUUUAAUUCUCCAACACGAAAUUAAAACAUUAAUUUACAUUUUUUUUUUGCAAGUUGACAAUUAUUUCAAAUGCCAAUAUUCGACCAAGAUAUUGUCAAAACGGCAAUAAAUAAUAUAAAAUGUGUGUUCAGCCAACAUUUUUCCAUGAAAUUAAUAAAUCACCAUAAUUUUACUCUAAUUUAUUAAUUAAAUUGUAAAUAAAUAAC